CGCGAACGCCCAGGCUUGCCUAACUGGGCCACUCUCCUGCGUCCUAUUCCUCAUCUCAACCUCGACUUCUUCUUUUCUUCUUCUUCCUCUUCCCAUAUAUCAUCACCAAGUCUGCUGCCUCGACUGCCUUUGACUGCCUUUUGACUCUUGCUCCAGACUCCAUACCCACUCUUGAAAAACGGCCUACCUACCUUGCGUAGCAGGAAACACGACUCGCGCAAAGAAGACUUGCUGCAUCCUGCGUAUGUGCCCUUGCGUCUGCUCGCCAGGACAACCUCCUCGACCACGCCUGCAAGAGACUGCACACUCAGGAGCGUCCAUAAGCCAGAAGAACGUGGUCUGCCGCUGUACUCUAUUCGUCUUCGCCUCAUACCCUUCGCCGAGGGUAUGGCCCAUGCUCAGGCGCUCGCAUUUACAGAACUAAACAUCGACGCUGACUUCACCACCUCGUCUCCCGUGUUAGACCACGAAGAGCAUGGACCGAUGUAUCAACGCGGCGGAAGCAAUGGCCUGAACCGUCGCCUUCCCCCCAGCGGCCACUCUCCCUCUCCGCCCCUGUCUCCCUCUGCCUCUCCCUCUGCUCGUGCUGGUGUCGGUGUCGGUGCUGGUGCUGCCCAUACGGCUGCCAGAAAGGAGGAGGCGGAGCAGUCAUGGACGCCUCACGUACCAACGCCGCCCAUCAGCGUGCCUUACCCCGAGGACAAGCUUCAUGGCUCUCCCGGCGUUGAUGAGGUCUGCGAAUAUGACCCCAACCGGUACCAGGACCCGUCACCCCUGGACCACCACUUUGGCAGGACUCGGAGGCCCUCCAUCAGCUUCAAUCCCCAGGUCACGCUAGAAACCGGUGACCAAAUCGCCCUGGAGCAGCCCAUCGGUAGCAUUGGAAGGAAAAGCCAGAUUGGCGUCAGGUCUGCCUCGGGUCCUGGAUCGUCAGAGCUCAAGCAGCUCUACGCCAACGCUGCUCCCGAGCGUCUCGCUCAGACGGCAGCAGCCAGCAACAAUGACAGGGACGGGUACAAUUCUCACAAUAAUAACCACCACAACCGUCGUCACAGCCACCACCACCAGGGCCCUCGUCAUAAUGAUAGCUCUGGAGAUGACUUUUCUCAGUGUCACUCUCCACGGACUUCCCCCUUAUCAGAGGUUUUUUCCCCCGAUGCUGACCUUCCACGGCCUACGUCCUUGACCUCACUUUCGACGGCUUCUCCCCUUUCUGAUGAACUGAGAACGCCGCCAGAUUCACGCCAGGGCAGCCUCACCUCACCCUUUUUAUCUUCACCAAACCUCCGCCGCCAUGGUUCGAUCGACAGCGAAGGAGACUCGUGGCCGAGUCUCUCCCGUCAUCUCUACGGCAGCCUCACCGAAAGCUACUCCUUCGGUCGACGUACAAACAGUCUACGACAGUCCAUGCGUUCCUACUCUCGCAAAUCGCCCAACAUGAGCGGUAAAUCACCCGCCAGCGCUUUUCUCUCUACCAUGAACCGUGAAGAGGCUCCUGCUCCUAAGCCUGACGACGAGGGUCAAGUCAUCGGGCAGGACUACGUUAUCGGCAAGCAGAUCGGAUUUGGAGGCUUCAGCACCGUCAAGGAAGCGUUCAAAGUCACCGACGAAGGCCAGACGAUCCGUCAUGCUGUCAAGAUCGUGAAAAAGUACCUCUCGGGCAAAAGCGAGAGAGAAAACGACCAAGCCCAGGCCGAAUUUGACCACGAGGUUCGCAUCUGGCGGUACCUUAACCAUCCACAUAUCCUGCCGCUUGACGCGGUCUACGAAACUGACUACGCUACAUUCUGCUUCACAAAACUUACCGAAGGAGGCUCCCUCUUCGACUUGGUCAAGAAGAAGCGCCAUGAAAUCCCACUCUCCCACGCAAAGCAGUACUCCUACCAGUUGGCCUGUGCUCUUCGAUACCUACACGAGGACGCCCGUGUUGUCCACCGCGAUAUCAAGCUGGAGAACUGUCUACUGCAGCCCCAGGAGGAUUCUGGAGAUAUCCCCCGCUUGAUCCUCUGUGACUUUGGCAUGGCCGAAUGGAUGACCACCGACACAUGCAGCUCGCCGGACCCUUACGACAACGCCGCUGAUCGACCUCCACCUAGAACCAUCGGACCGUCCGACACAAGCACCAGCGUGGCCGGCAGCCUGGAGUAUGCGUCCCCCGAGCUCCUGAUGGCCAACGUAGGGGUCCUUGAUCCCGUCGUCGACGUCUGGGCGUUCGGCGUCGUUGCCUACUCCCUUAUCGUCGGUUCCAGGCCUUUCCAGAGUUCUUUUCAGCCACGUAUCCCGAGCAACAUUCUGGCCGGCAAAUGGGACCGCAGCGCUGUCUUGGCUACCUCGGACGAAUCCGAGAAGCAAGACCGUGAAGGCGCACUGGAGAUGAUUGAGGGGUGUCUUGAGAUGGACCCCGUGAAACGAUGGACGAUCUCCGAUGUCCUUGCUUGCCGAUGGUUUCAAAGCUGUGCAGAUACUGUGGAGCUCGCCACUCGCCUCAAUCGAUGGGGGUUCUCCUCAUGAAAGGUGUGAAUGGGGAAAAACAAUCGCAUCUACCCAAUACCAUCACCAACUAGCAUCUGGAGGCAUUCAUUUGAUGUUCGCUUUGAUUCCACUUCUCCACGUUUUGAAAGUUAAGCGUUUUAGCUUCUUCUUUUCUUCUUCUGCUCAUUUUUUUUUUCUUUUUUUCCCUUGUUCCUCUUACCUCUUGUUAACAUCAUCUACUUUCAUGCUUGUCGAUUGUUUGCUGGGAUGGCUGCCUCAUGUCUUAUGCAUGUUCCUGUCUCUAUUAUCAUCAUCAUUAUUGCUUGUGUCUUUUUGUUACGCUCUCAUGACUGAUACCCUGUACCCUCUUCCGUCCUAUUCGCAUCCGUUCCAUCUUCUCGGCUAGUUAUCCCUCGCUUUGUUUCUUAUUCCUUCUUGUUCGUUCGUGUACUCGUUGGCGGGAAACAUCUUGAUAUGGCUGGCUCAUCUUCUUUUUCCUCUUUGACUCGUUCCUCAUCUGCGUCGGAUAUCAUGGGUCUCAUGUGUUGCGUUCUCUGCUCUGCUCAGCUACUGGUGUUAACGGUGUGUCUUACGUCUCUUCUCCUACUUAUUUGUUAAUGUCUCUUCGCUCUGGCUUCUUAUGAUGAAUGGACAUAUGGGCAUGGCAUGGCAUGGCAUGAUACGGCGUGGCGGAUGGCGUGGCAUGAGAAGCGGUGUGGUGUGGUGUGGUGUGUUGCAAUAUGUGUGUACUUAGCUAUCAACCUGCAUGGCCGCUCCUCUCUUCAUCUCCCUUCCUCCUAUCUAGCAUCUCAAGGCGGUUUCGGGCCUCGUCCACUACUCCCCCUCAUAAGUAUAGUCCUCUAAUCCUAUACCUACAUUCGCCUCUUCUCCACGUCUGUUUAUCCUUCUAUCGUAAGAAACGACAGCUAACUUAGCUAAGACUCCACACUGCUCUUAAUCUUACUUAGAUACCCCUUGCUCUCCAGUGGACGGACAUCCGUCUCAUUGGCGCUGGACUCCAUGUAUCCUUGUACCAUCUGUGUAUAGAGAACACUUUGUUUACACUUGACUGCUGUGGGGAAGAAGGCUGCUCACCCCUGUGCAUUCAACUCGUACGCUGCAUAUACACAUCUUUACUUACUACUGUCUGUCAGAGUCAAUCUGGCCGGCAGAGCAAGCUAGCUCCUGUCCCUCCCUGUCGGGCCGUACAUAUAUCACACCUCUGGUGCAAGGACAGGGCCCUCCCUUGUCCGGG